AGUAGUGGAGAUAAGAGUUUUGGGAUAUGGCCAGUGUAUGCCUGGAACAGGGAUUGUUCAAUGUACCCUACAAAGAGGCAGGUGUAGUUUGGGCCCAUGCAAGUGCCCAUGGCUAAGCCUUUGAUUUGGAGAAAGUGGAAAGAGAAUUUGAGCAUGAGGACUAGUUCUGCUAGGCAGAGUAGAGUGUUGGUAGAAGGAAAUUGUCUGGUUCUGCGGAGGAGGAAGAAAUGUUGGGCUUUAAAGGACUUCUUGGUGAGGGAUGGAGGUGUAGAGUGAUUGAAUAUCCAUAGUAAAGAUGAGGAAUGGGGAUGUGGAAAGCAUAAAUUAUUAAAGAGACGAAGGUCAUGUGAGUUGCUUGGAUAUAGGUCGGGAGGGAUUGGACCAGGAGGAUUAGGAUGGAGUUGAGUUUAUGUGGUAAUGAAUUCAAUGGGACAGGAGCAGGCACAAACAAUGGGUCUGCCAGGGCAGUUCCAUUUAUGGAUGUUGGGGAGAAGGUAAAACAGGCCUGCACGGGGCUGGGUAACAAUGAGGCUGGAAGCUGAGGAGGGCAGACAGCUGGAAGUGAUAAAAUGAGAGAUGGUCUAUGAGAUAAUAUUCUGGUGCUUAUCUGUGGGCUCAUGGUCCUGGGGUAGGUAAGAGGAGGUGUCACCUGCCCUAACCGCGGUAGUGGUCAGCUCGCCAGCCUACCAUGGCACCUCAUCAACGGGUUUGAUGAUAAUCUCAGGGCUGUUGCAGAGUGAGUGAAUGGCUGUCCCCAUCAACACGAUACCCAUCUUGCAGAAAUUGCAGCGUUGUGGACGUAGCCCAGACCAUCACACAAAACAGCCUCCCAUCUAUUGACUCCUUCUACACUUCAUGAUGCCUUGGCAAGGUCAUCAGCAUAAUCAAGGACAAUCUCACACCGGUCGCUCUCCCAUCAGGCAAGAGGUACAGAAGUUUGAAAACACACACCUCCAGAUUCAGGAACAGUUUCUUCCCAGCUGUUACCAGGCAACUGAAUGGAAUUCUCAUCAGCUAGAGUGUGGUCCUGAUCUCCCAUCUAGUUCAUUGGAGACCUGUAAAUUAUCUUAAAUCGGAAUUUAUCAGACUUCAAUGUAAUAUCUUUGCACUAAAUGUUGUGCCCUUUAUCUGUACACUGCGGUCAGCUUGAUUGUGUUCAUGUAUCGCAUUUUCUUUGACAUGCAACAAAAUAUUUCCACUUUACCUCGAUACACGUGACAAUAAACUAAACUUCAAACUUCAAGGAUGGCGUUAACUUAAAAAAAGACUAAACCAGAGACAAUUCACUUCGCUACUGCGUAGUCCAAACAUUGGGGUGCCCACUGGUUGCAGAAGGCAGUUUGUCUUGAAGAUAGACACAAAAUGCUGGAGUAACUCAGUGGAACAGGCAGCAUCUCUGGAUAGAAGGAAUGGGUGAUGUUUCGGGUCAAGACCCUUUUUCAGACUGAGAGUCAGGAGAGAGGGAUUCACAGAUAUGGAAGGGUAAUGUGUGAAAACGAGACAUCAAAGGGGAGGCGGAUCAUGGAAAAUAUAGAAUAGAUCAUUGUUAGCUAGGGGAAGAUGACAACGAAACAUACAAAGAUAAAAGGAAACAUCUUCCCGAUGUUGGGGGAGUCCAGAACCAGGGGCCAUAGUUUAAGAAUAAGGAGUAAGCCAUUUAGAGCGGAGACGAGGAAACACUUUGUCCCACGAAGAGUGGCGAGUCUGUGGAAUUCUCUUCCUCAGAGGGCGGUGGAGGCAGGUUCUCUGGAUGCUUUCAAGAGAGGGCUAGAUAGGUUCUUAAAAAUAGCGAAGUCAGGGGAUAUGGGGAGAAGGCAGGAACGGGGUACUGAUUGGGGAUGAUCAGCCAUGUUCACGUUGAAUGGCGGUGCUGGCUCGAAGGGCCGAAUGGCCUACUCCUGCAUCUAUUGUCUAUUGUCUAAAACUUAAUUAGGAAGACAGUCAGACUGGUUGGAGAACUAGGAUGGGGGAGGGAUGGAGAGAGAGGGAAAGCAAGGGUUACUUGAACUUAGAGAAGUCGAUAUUCAUACCGUUGGGUUGUAAACUGCCCAAGCGGUAUGCACACCCAGCGGUAUGAAUAAUGACCUCCAACUCGAUAUCCCCUUUGAUGUCUCGUUUUCACACCCUGCCCUUCCAUAUCUCUAUGUCUCCCUCUCCCGUGACUCUCAGUCUGAAGAAGGGCCUCGAACCGAAACAUCACCCAUUCCUUCACUCCAGAGAUGCCGCCUGUCCCGCAGUUACUCCAGCAUUUUGUGUCUUCUAUCUUCAGUGUAAACCAACAUCUAUAGCUCUUUCCCAGGCAGUUUACCUUGCUGUGAUACAAUUUCUCACAAAUCUCCUGCACGUUUGGAACUACAGCUCCCGGAAUGCAUCCGCUGGGAAUGAAAGUGGCUUGCGUCAUGGCAACACGGAGUCAUAACAACCCAGCAACACGCUUUGGAACAUAGCAACUGGAGUUUGCGGUGCAGUCUCUCGCCCAGGCAGGGUCUUCACGGGGAGUCAAGCAGGUCGUAGUGGGAAGACAGAGGUCGCCAACACUUCCAGCAUUUCAACAGCGUGCAGUAUUGGGAUUACCACUACUAAGGCAAGCUCCUCUGUUUUAAUUUGGACGGCGGGCGGCGCAGAGAAGAGCGACCAUGCCAGCAGUUUAUCCCAAUCUACGUUUCCACGGAUUCCCUACAUUGUUUGGACACGUGAAGGACACGAAUAUCACCUUUGUUGUUGACACGUCGCAAAGCAUGCAAUUGCACAUCACCGCAAUCAAGUUUCACCUGAAGGAAGCGCUUUUGGCCAAGGCUUAUAGCACACUCUCCAGUCGCUUUAAUAUUGUGGAAUUUUCCAAUAAGGUAACCAAAUGGUGUGACCAUGUGGUAACAUGUACCCCCCAGACCGUUUUCAGUGCAGUGCAAUGGCUUCAGUCACUUACCUGUACACUGGGUAGGGAUCUGCUCAGUGCAUUAACAGCAGCAUUUGAUGAUCCUAUGUGUCAGGCUAUCUACCUGGUGACAACUGGUCUACCUGACAAUAACUUAAAGGAUAUUUUUCACGUUCUACCACACCUAUCCCAUGGUCGUCCAUUGCACACCUUCUACUUGACGGACAAAUGGAUAGACAGUGAAUGUCGAGAGUUUCUGCAGAGAAUCAGCAUGCUUACCCAGGGCAGUGCUCAUCUCAUUAGACUCAGCCAUUGUGGAGCAAUCAAACAGGUGAUUCCAAUUUAUCCUGCAGACCAUUCAAUCUCUGGGCCUCUGUACUCGGCUCCGAAAUACUGCAGUGUCAAAACUCCACUGGAUAAAAGCCCAUCCAUUCACUCAUGGGACAAAUGUUCUGAUGUAGAAGCUCUUCACAUGCAUUCAGCAGAUUUUUAUAAUCCAAGGAUAUCUGCAAGUGCCUGCAAAUAUACUGACCCGUGGGCAGGACAUCUCAGAUCAAGCCAUUUGGUUUUUGGAACUUCUGUCCUCGCAAGACAAGAGUCUGAUGGAUUCUUUUACCUGGGCAAAAUCAAACAAGAGGUAAGAAAAGGAAUAUUUCUGAUUGAGUUCGACAAAUCUACUAUGGAUCAAGAUGACAAGUGUCAAAUCUUUGUGCAGAAGACAGCAUUGCAUGACAUUAUCCAAUAUAAUGAAGGAAUGCGACAUGCUGUGGUCCCAGGUGACAAUGUACUAGCACCUUGGGAAUCAGACAGAAUCAGAUAUGGUCCUGGAAUAGUGGUGUUUGGCAUUGAAACCAGAGAUCCUCUGCAAGCCAUGGAAGAUGAUGAAAUCUCUGUAAAGUUCUGGAAUGCAAAAACUGUCAAGGUUUCAAAAAAUGUAGCCAUGUGGAUUCCAUCAACGAUGUAUAAGAGAGUUCUACAGGAGUUGUUAACUCCAUUAUCAUCCAGGCAUCAAGUAAUGGAUAAUGAAUUUACUAGUUGUCGUGAUGUUUGUCUACAUGGGCCUCAUGUGAAUGAGCUAGCUCGUCAAUGUCAUUUUGAACCAAUGUGUACCCAGUCCUUGUUUUCACAUUUCCCUGGCCACGAUCCAUAUCAUAAUUACUGGAAUGGGUUUUAUCAUGGUUUCCAUUGUUUGCCAGUCUACCCUCCAUGUUACUGUUUCCAAGAAGUGAUUCCUCCUGUAGGGUGGUUUCCAGUAACUCCAAAAUAUAUCAACUCAACAACUUGUGACGCAGAUGCAUUGGACAAGAAAAUUACUUUGCAGCUUCAGGAGUUAGAUGUUCCAAAAAAGAAAUUCUCUGAAAAAUUGCUGUCUUCACCUUCUUCAGCUUCAUCCUCUGAAGAUUCUGAUAGUAGCCUAGAGACAAUUGUUUGUAAGCCUACUUUGGAAGAUAAGGGAGUAAAUACCUACUCGGUGUUGGAGCGAUCGAGAGGCAAAGCCAGAGACAGGCCUGGAUGGAGGUAUUGGCGCCAAAGCCACCAAAAGCCCCAUGGAAGGAAACCAGAAACUUUGUCUGCAAGUCCAUUGAGAAGUGCACCUGACAGCAGUCACCUGAAAUCUUCUGUGCAGCUUCAGAAUCUUGGACCAACAAACCGCAGUGCAAUGUUUAAAAGUGUUGACCACGCAUGUUCUCAGAACAGAGUCACAAUGAAAGAUGUGCUGACAUAUCAGAAGCCUCACGUCACAUCAUCUACUGGGGUGCAAAGUCCACCAAUUCAAGAGCGUUUAGGAGAGAGUCAACUGCCACGUGACUGUCAACAUCAGGAGGCCACAGAGAGAUCAAGAAUGAAAAAACUGCAGCGACGUCAGUGGGAGAAAGACCGAGAGCAACAAUGUGAGAACAAGUAUCAAAACAUUCAGCAAAAGCGCAGGGAGAAAGUGCGUUAUCGUCUGCAGAACGAAUUUAAACAGUUAGAAGAGGGAGAGCAGAUGUUGGACAAAAUGGAGAGAGCGAAGCAGAGUUUGCAGCAGCAGACUCAAAGCAGGAUCCAGUCUAUUGCUCGUGAGGAUAAGGAGAAAGAAGCCCGCAGGUUGGCACGUCUCCAGCAGGUGACAGCAAGGAAGGAUAUGAAGGAGGCAGAGAAAACGAAAGCAGUUGAAAUAAAAGAAAUCCAGCUGCAGCAAGCAAGAAGAAAGCGAGUGGAACAACACAAUAAAAUGGUGGCAGAAAAGUUCCAGGAAGCAGAAAAGCUGAACGAAGAACAAGAGACAACCCUGAAAAAGCAUCAAAUGAAACAUGUUUCACCGUUUUAG